GGGCCUUAUUCUCUCCUGCCGAGGGACAACUGAAGACAAUAUCACUAUUCCAUCUGGCACUGAGGAUCGUUGUGACGUCUGCUUGGCGAGCAUGGACCAGUUUAGCUGCGAGGGACCCAUGAGAUCAUAAGGCGGUAAGAAGCCCACUUCGAUAAAAUUUGGCCCGAUUAACAGGGAAAGUGCUCAGAAAUUAGUCCAUCGACGUCUCAACAAGCAACUCUUAGCAAUCCGUAAGAGCAGUGCGGCCAGGGCCAACAACUUUGACACCGAGCAGACAACAGUCGACUGGCUGCUUGCCCUCAAACUCGCCCACUCAGCUCAGCCCUGAUGGCCGCCAUACCCGCAGAGCCCGCCUCAUCCGCUAUGCGUAGCGAACAUGGUGCCAUCAGCCCCUCUGCCCAGGUACUACCCAAUGAUCGUCGGCAGGGGCUGAAGUGGUCGCGUAAAAGCGUUGCGCCCUGCCCAGGUGGCAUGAAUGGUGGAGGGAAGAGGGGAGCCAAUGACCCCACCAGCUCUCCACCUGGCUCUUCAUGCGCCACGCCGAUUCGAUCGUGGUCCAAGGUUCUCUUGUCGGUCGCAAUACCCGACUGGCAGUACAAGAUACGUGCUUGACACGAUGUACCUUGGAGACAGCCCUGGAGCUUCCCAGUCGGAGAAGUGGGUGAGCGCCCAGGCACCCAGGUGCCCGGGCGUUGCCUCUGCUGCCCCCAACUUGCAAACCCCUCCAAGCGACGUAAAUACCCCGCCCUGGAAGCUCCCCUAGAACUCGGAGCUCCCUCGAAC